UCAUUAAAUAAAUGUAACAACUAAAGGUAAGAAAGACAGACAUCUAAUCUAUUCUGCAAAUUUUCUCUCAAGCUAAAACUCUACUCAUCUCUUUCAUCGAUAAUGUGGCGGUUCUCCGUUUUGAUUCUCCUCUUCUCACACCUAGCCGUCUCUUCCUCGUCCUUGGGUGAUUCGGAGGCAACAUGCUCCGGUAUAGUCUCGUUACCGAACCGGAACGAUAGGAUCUCGAUAACAGACUUUGGUGGCGUGGGAGACGGCAGGACGGUGAACACUAAGGCGUUUAGGGAGGCUAUAUAUAGGAUACAGCACCUGAAGAGGAGAGGAGGCACGCUUCUGUAUAUACCUCCCGGAGUGUUUCUCACGGAGAGCUUCAAUCUCACCAGCCAUAUGACUCUCUUCUUGGCUAAAGGCGCUGUACUCAAAGCUGUUCAGGAUACAUGGAACUGGCCACUGAUUGAUCCUUUGCCAUCUUAUGGAAGAGGGAGGGAGUUACCAGGGGCACGUUAUAUGAGUUUUAUUCAUGGUGAUGGCCUUCGUGAUGUAGUCAUCACUGGAGAAAACGGGACAAUAGACGGUCAAGGAGAAGUGUGGUGGAACAUGUGGCGCAGUAGAACCCUAAAGUUCACUAGACCGAAUCUAAUCGAGCUCAAAAACUCCAAGGAGAUCAUUAUCUCCAAUGUUGUUUUCCAGAACUCACCCUUCUGGAACAUUCAUCCUGUGUAUUGCAGUGACGUUGUCAUCCAUCACGUUACCAUCUUAGCUCCACAAGAUUCACCCAACACUGAUGGAAUCGAUCCAGAUUCCAGCUCCAACGUCUGCAUAGAAGACUCCUACAUCUCAACAGGAGACGACCUUGUUGCAAUAAAAAGCGGUUGGGACGAGUACGGAAUCGCUUUUGGCCGUCCAAGCUCAAACAUAACGAUCCGCCGCAUCACAGGAUCGACCCCUUUCGCAGGUAUCGCAAUAGGAAGCGAAACAUCAGGAGGGAUCAAGAACAUUGUAGCAGAACACAUCAGUCUAUCCAACAUGGGCGUUGGAGUCAACAUCAAGACAAACAUUGGUCGCGGAGGAUACAUUAAAAACAUUAAAAUCUCCAACGUUUAUGUCGAAAACGCUAGGUACGGGAUCAAGAUCGCGGGAGAUACUGGAGAUCACCCUGACGCUUAUUAUAACCCAAACGCUCUCCCAGUCGUUAAGGGAAUACGUAUCAAUAACGUUUGGGGAGUUAACGUUCGAAACGCUGGAUCCAUUCAAGGCCUUAAGGAUUCACCUUUCACAGGGAUAUGUUUGAGUGAGAUUAACAUACAUGGAAGCUUGAAUACGUACCGGACGUGGAAGUGUUCCGAUGUUAUUGGAACUUCGCUGAAGGUCAGUCCUUGGCCUUGUUCGGAGCUGAGAACUACUGGUGGAUCUUAUUCGUGUUCUUCCACUUUCUGAAAACUUCUGAGCAAAGUGCUCUCCUCCUCGAUUCGUUUAUUUAAACAUAAUUUAUCACGAAUUUGCAGUUCCUCUACAUUAAUCUAUUUAUAUGUUUGUAUUUCUGAAAAUUUCAAGUUAUAAAAUUUAAUUAUAUAAUGGAUACAAAUAAAAAUAAAAAGCUGGAUGAGUGAUUAAGUUUUGAGCA